UGGCAUUUCGGUCGUAGCAUCGCAAGUUAGCGCAUGCUUCUGUUGUGUUGUGAGCACAUUCGGCAUGCUCGAUUUGCGCACAUUUCUUAAUAUUAUUUAAAAUAAAGUUAGUUUUUUUUGAACAAGUUUAAAACAUUUAUUUUACAAAUACACUAAAAGAAGUGGCAAAGUUUAUUAAUUAAUUAAAAUGGUUGAUAAGUUAAGGCGAUACGAGAAAAUCGACUUUCUUGGCGAAGGACAGUUUGCUACUGUUUACAAAGCUAAGGACUCGGAAACUGGAAGAAUUGUGGCCGUGAAAAAGAUCAAAGUAGGAACUCGAGCAGAAGCAAGAGAUGGUAUCAACAGGACGGCGUUAAGAGAAAUUAAAUUAUUACAGGAAUUGGAGCAUGAAAAUGUCAUAGGCUUAUUAGAUGUCUUUGGAUAUAAAUCUAAUGUUUCAUUAGUUUUUGAUUUCAUGGAUACUGAUUUGGAAGUUGUUAUAAAGGACUCUGGUAUUGUACUCACACCAGCCAACAUUAAGGCUUAUUUAGUGCAAACUCUGCAGGGCUUAGAUUAUUUACAUUUCAAUUGGAUUCUUCAUAGGGACUUAAAACCUAACAAUUUAUUGAUAAGUAGCGAAGGUGUAGUUAAAAUAGGAGACUUUGGUUUAGCUAAAUUUUAUGGCUCCCCAAAUCGAAUAAAUACUCAUCAAGUAGUAACAAGAUGGUAUCGAUCGCCAGAACUUUUGUAUGGAGCAAGACUCUAUGGCACUGGAGUAGAUAUGUGGGCCAUUGGAUGUAUAUUAGGUGAAUUGUUGUUGAGGACUCCAAUAUUUCCUGGAGAUUCAGAUUUGGAUCAGCUAACAAAAAUAUUUACUGCUCUGGGUACACCAACUGAAGAGACAUGGCCUGGAAUGACACAAUUACCAGAUUUCAUUCAAUUUAAGCCGUUUCCACCUGUACCUCUGAAGGAUAUAUUUAUAGCUGCGAGUGAUGAUCUUCUAGAUCUUUUGGCUAGUCUUUUAAAUUUAAAUCCUCUUGAAAGAUGUAGCUGUGAUCAAGCAUUACAAAUGCCUUAUUUUAGUAAUAGUCCUCCACCCACACCAAAUGCCAGAUUACCUCUACCUCAGUCAAUCAGAAGAUUAUCUGAUGAUAAACCAAACUUGAAAAGGAAAUUACUGGAAGCAAUUGAUGGUGCUUCAUUAGCUAAAAGACUGCAAUUCUAAGUUAAUAGUGAACAAAUUGAGUGUAACUUAUUUGAAAUCCCUUGGAAAAUGUGUGAGUGUGUAGAAAUUUUUGUAAAUAUCUUAUAUAAGAUUUCUAAUAGUCUAAUUUUUCAGCUAUUACUGGUCCUUGUACUUUUUACUUAUUUAAUUGUAUUAAUAAGAUAAAUAAAAUUUGUAAAAGUUAAGUUUAUGUGACAAAAUUGAUUCAAUACAAAUAAAAGAAACUGUUUUAUAAAUUGUAAAACGAUUCACAGUAACAGCUUAACAAGAUUUUUUUAUAUAUCACGAAUUAACAUGUUAUUAUUAAAUAGAA